CGCGUCUUGCGUCCGACAUCAUUCCCGAUUCCCGUUCUUGUCUCUCGGCCGAAAUCACCCAAAACUUUUAUUCCUCCACGAGAUUGUUUAGAAUCGCCAUUAAUUCUUGCUGAAUAGCGUCGAAUUCGGAGUGUCGAGCUCUCUGCUUGAGAUUCGGGUCGCUCAACUCCACCUAAUAUGACUCGUGGAAAUCAGCGAGACUUGGCCAGGGCCAAGAACCAGAAGAAGCAGCAGGAAGUCGCGCGCAAAAAGGGGGCUAAUGACAAGGACUCCAACAAAGGGAUGACCCUGGAGCAGCGCAAGCAGAGGGAUGCAGACUUGAUGAGAGAAAAGCAGCAAAAAGCUGCUGCCGAGAAGGGGGCGUCUGGAAGUUAAGGAACAGCUUUGCUUCCUCCUUGUGCGUCAAGUUGUGCAAGGUUAACUUUGACACGAGUGUUUGGUUUUUUCCUUUCUUCUCGAUUGGCAAAUUUGGCAGCCAUUGACCAAAUGUGUAAAUUAACAACACUUGCAAUAUAAAUUUAUAAUUUCCGCUUUGGUAUUUAUCAAGUAUGAUAGUGGCACAAUUACCAUUUUAAAUGGCUGAUUUAUGUGGUAUUACUGAUUCAGUUGCGAUUAAUUUACCAAUAAAUUCAAACAAAUAGUCUUCUUUUAA